AUGGCACUUACAUUUUCAGAUUUGCACACCGAGAAGGGUCUCAAAACUCUCGAAGAACACCUCUCCGGAAAAACUUACAUCUCCCGCGAUCAGCUUUCGGUAGAUGAUGCGAAGGUUUACGCGGCCGUAUCGGAGAAUCCCGGCGAUGGCUUCCCAAAUGCUUGCAAGUGGUACGAUUCAGUUGCUUCUCACCUCGCUAAAAGUUUUCCGGGGAAAGCCGUCGGAGUGAGAGUUGGUACAAGUGUCACUCCAUCUGAAGCUCAACAGACUGAGGCAUUUAAUGCUGCUGCUGGAGCUGAUAAUGAUGAUGAUGAUCUUGAUCUUUUCGCUGAUGAGACUGAGGAUGAAAAAAAAGCAGCAGAGGAAAGGGAAGCUGCGAAGAAGGACACCAAGAAGCCUAAAGAGAGUGGAAAGUCUUCUGUGCUACUGGAAGUAAAGCCAUGGGAUGAUGAAACAGAUAUGAAGAAGUUGGAAGAAGCUGUUCGUAGUGUUCAGAUGCCUGGUCUUACCUGGGGAGCUUCGAAACUGGUUCCGGUUGGUUACGGGAUAAAGAAACUCACAAUCAUGAUGACAAUUGUGGAUGACCUUGUCUCUGUCGACAACCUCAUUGAAGACCAUCUCACCUCAGAGCCGAACAACGAAUACAUCCAAAGUGUCGACAUUGUCGCUUUCAACAAGAUUUAG